ACGCCGGGUACCUCGGGUCUGUCAUCGGGCAGCGCACGGCGUCUCCCUGCCUGCUGACAGCCCGGCUUGAGCGGGCGCAGUGGGUCCGUUUGCGCUGGGCAUUCUCGGGUAGUUGCCGAGGUUUGGCAUCUCCUCAGGGGAGGGGGGGACCCGAGAGGCCCUGCCAGCGGGACAGCGGGGCGAGAGCCGGGGAGGGGGUUUCACGUCCUUGCGGGGCACGGAGGCGUCGGGCGGGUGCGGAGCCGGGGAGACGCGAUGGCUUCCGCCGGCACGGACAAGCCCUGCAGCUCGAAGAAGAAGGCCGAGAAGAAAUUCGCUGCCAAGGAGGAGGCCAAGCUGCUGGCGAGCUUCAUGGGGGUGAUGAACAACUUCCGGAAACAGAAGACGCUGUGUGACGUGGUGCUAGUGGUGCAGGACAGGGAGAUCCCGGGACACCGAGUGGUGCUCGCCGCAGCCAGCCACUUCUUCAGCCUGAUGUUCACCUCCAACAUGCUGGAAUCCAAGUCUUUUGAAGUGGAGCUGAAGGACGCAGAGCCAGACAUUAUUGAGCAGCUUGUGGAAUUCGCCUACACUGCGAGGAUCUCUGUUAAUAGCAACAACGUUCAGUCCUUACUGGAUGCAGCCAAUCAGUAUCAGAUUGAGCCGGUCAAGAAGAUGUGCGUUGAGUAUCUCAAAGAGCAGGUGGAUGCAUCAAAUUGUCUGGGUAUCAGCGUGCUGGCGGAGUGCCUGGACUGCCCGGAGCUCAAGACCACCGCCGACGACUUCAUCCACCAGCACUUCACCGAGGUGUACAAGACGGACGAGUUCCUGCAGCUGGACGUGAAGAGGGUGACUCACCUGCUGCACCAGGACACUCUGACCGUGCGGGCAGAGGACCAGGUCUACGACGCGGCCGUCCGGUGGCUGAAGUAUGACGAGCAGAACCGCCAGCAGUACAUCGUGGACAUUCUGGCCAAGGUCCGCUUUCCGCUCGUGUCCAAGAACUUCCUGAGCAAGACGGUGCAGGCGGAGCCGCUGAUACAGGACAACCCUGAGUGCCUCAAGAUGGUUAUCAGCGGGAUGCGCUACCACCUGCUGUCCCCGGAGGACCGCGAGGAGCUGGGGGAGAGCAGCCGGCCGCGGAGGAAGAAGCACGAUUACCGCAUCGCGCUCUUCGGGGGCUCCCAGCCGCAGUCCUGCCGCUACUUCAACCCCAAGGACUACAGCUGGACGGACAUCCGUUGCCCCUUCGAGAAGAGAAGAGAUGCCGCCUCGGUGUUCUGGGACAACGUCGUCUAUAUCCUGGGCGGCUCUCAGCUCUUCCCCAUCAAGAGGAUGGACUGCUACAACGUGGUGAAGGACAGCUGGUACUCCAAACUGGGGCCGCCCAACCCCAGAGACAGCCUUGCGGCCUGCGCCUCCAACGGGAAGAUCUACACUUCCGGAGGCUCCGAAGUGGGGAACUCCGCCCUGUACCUCUUCGAGUGCUACGACACCCGGACAGAGAGCUGGCACAACAAGCCCAGCAUGCUGAUGCCGCGCUGCAGCCACGGCAUGGUGGAGGCCAACGGGCUGAUCUACGUCUGCGGCGGCAGCCUGGGCAACAACGUUUCGGGCCGCGUGCUCAACUCCUGCGAGGUCUACGACCCCUCCACCGAGACAUGGACAGAACUGUGCCCAAUGAUCGAGGCCAGGAAAAACCACGGCUUAGUCUUCGUCAAUGAGAAGAUCUAUGCUGUUGGAGGGCAGAAUGGAAUGGGGGGCCUGGAUUCGGUGGAGUAUUACGACAUCGGCAGUAACGAGUGGAAGAUGGUGUCCCCGAUGCCGUGGAAGGGGGUGACGGUCAAGUGUGCCGCCGUGGGCUCCAUCAUCUACGUCCUGGCCGGCUUCCAGGGAGUGGGGCGGCUGGGGCACAUCCUGGAGUACUACACGGAGACGGACAAGUGGGUGGCCUGCAGCAAGGUGCGGGCCUUCCCCGUGACCAGCUGCCUGAUCUGCGUGGUGGACACGUGCGGCGCCAACGAGGACACGCACGAGACGUGACCCGGGGGCGUGGCGACGACAGCGCGCGGGGUCUGCGCCCCGCCGGGGCGGCCUUCGUCGCGCUUGGCGCCGGCGCCCGUUUUAGGUUUCUCUCCCGUUUGGAAAGGAUCUCCUCCCGGUAAAACGGGGUCUCUAUUGUAAGCCCCCAGCCUCAGAAGGAUGGGCGUAGUAAAUGUGUUCCCAUCGCGGCUUAGAGCCAAGAAGUAGAUUUAUUUUUUAUUGUUCCUAAAUUGUCCCGAGAGGCGGUCUGCCAUCCUGGGAAAUGAAGACUGAAGCGCUGGAAGCUGGCAGGCAGCAGCUGGACAUCCCGUACAGGAGUGCGUUAUGGCUCGGGAAGAGCUCGCCGUGUCCGGGUGUCCCCCGGAAGCUGCCGGCCAGCCCCUGCACGGCGCAGGUCACAGUUGGCCGAGGUCACUGGCUCGUUUCGCCCCCCUGCGGCUUGCGAGGCCUCUCCGUGCUCACGGCUGGGUGUGAGACCCCCUGAUGAACUCCAGAGAGCUGCUGUUUGACCCCUUGACCAGAUCUGAAAGUGUUUGUCCAGAUAUUUUCAGAGGUGCAGAAGGUUUCGAAGUCCUGUUGUCGGCCCUCCCGAGUUUUGUUGUUAGCGGUUUGUAAUUCUGUGCGCUGAUGGCACCGCUGUUUAAGUUGUAGUUGUGCUCCAUCUUGCUGGCCCAUGUGGCAGUGCUGUCUCCCUCACCAUUGGCUGCUGCCACGGGCUCACAACUUGUUCUUGCUGUACAGGGGGACAUCUUGUGGUUAAAGUGUGCAAGUUACUGCUAAAGACUCCAGAUCUCAAUAAGGCAAGACUGUAAUGACUUUUGAAAAAAUUAUUUCAUCACCGUUUGACCUUUUUGCUCAAAUUUCUGUAUUAGUCGAAAUGUCAGUACCUUUGUUCUCAAAAUACAUCUGGAGAGGCGAUCGCACGUGAUCUCUGCUAGGAAGAGCAUGAACUCCAGUCUCUGUGACCGGGGCCGAGUCUGCCAGAGGCUUGUUGUAGCGUGGGCUCCGGCGCCAGCAGUCAUGGAAAUAAACGAGUUAAAGGCGGAGACACUGGAUGAGCCACUGAAAAAGGAUAAAUGGGAUUUUAAACCAUUUCAGUUUUUUUUUUUAGAAAGUCGCUGCGUUACAAAAUUAAAAACCAUUGCACAUUAUUAAAUGGGAAAGAUGAUUACCAGGGUGGAUCGGUGGAGGUGCUCACUUCAGACGCAGCUGGGGCUCUGUCCAGCGGUCAGGGGCUUGAGCCGGGGUCACUAGAUCGGCUGGGCAGCAGCAGCCCAGCAGGGGAUUUCUCCGGAGGCUGCAGAGAGUUCACGGAGCACAGCUGAGGUUGGGGGAUGGACUGGGAGUCCAUCUGCGAAGAGUGUCGGGGCGGGGACACGUACUGGCCCUCCAGUUGGUACCGGCCCAGUCCCUGCACUGGUGCUGGUUCCCUGCAGCUUGUAGUGUCUCUGCAGAUGAAUCACAGGUGAGAAGAGCUUGUCUGCCUCUCCCUAUUCUCCAGUGCAGUCUGUCCCGUACAUAACACACCUGCUGGCUCCCACACUGGGCCAGUAUGUGGUGAAGGCAGCUCUGUUUUAUUUAAAAAGAGGACAGUGGUUCAUGCAGGUUUUCAAACAGGGGCCUGCGGGGGUGGCACUGUCCCUUAGUCACUUUACAGAGGGACUUUGGUCAAAACAGAGAUCAGGGAACACCAGUCCAUUAAGUGCAAACAGUUAUCAUAUUAUUUGUAAUUUUAAUUAUGAAGUACAGAAAAGUACCAAUAUUCAGGUCAAUUUUAUUAUAUAAAAGGAAAAUGGAAUGUUUUAGCAGUGUAUUGUAAGAAUGUCAUGCCAUUAAUGGAAUACAAAUGUACUUUUUGUGUUGUUGGUAUAAUGCAUUAUGGAAAGUGUAUCCAAAUGUUGAAAAAUGUGAGAAAUUCUUAUUAAAGAUUAUCAACUGUUCAAUAAACGUGUUUUGUA